AUCUCGUGACUGCCUGUUGGCUCUCAUUCUCGGCCGCGCGUUUUGGCGCCUGACACCGUUUUGUUGCGGUGGAUAUUUGUACUUGUUUUCUUUCUUUUGUGGUGAAGUUUUUUUGUACGCUUUUUGAUUCGGGGUGACCGUGAUCGAACGAAUGAUGCGAAUAUUCUCAUCUUUAACCGAAUCGAACCGUCUAAUGCGUAAUGAAAAGCUACUAAAUACGUUGUUGCCAGUUUGCAUGCAAUAAACUCAUUAAUUAAGUAGAUGGCGUGAUUAAUCGAAAGAACUUUUGCUAACUUAACCAAAAAAUGUAUUUGUGUAAGGAGAACAAUACGGAUUUGGGAACGUAAAAAUUACGCAUAGUGCUGUUGUUCACAUUUCAUGUAAAAUAUGACGCAAAGAAUAAAUUUAAAUUUUGUGUGGAGAAUAAUUUUCCACGGCAAAUGGAUAAUGUCACAAUGAAAUGUGUAAGAUGAAAACAGAGGAAAAUGAAGGGCGUCCCAGCUCCAGCCCUCCAAACCGUUAUCAGCGAGUGUUUCUUCAGUCAUGCCUUCUCAUGAUUUUCAUCUUCUUCAUCUGCUAUACGUGCGUACAAAUAGAAUACUCUCGCUCUACUUCCAUGGAAUCAUACGAAUGGAAUUUAACAAAUAUCGUUCAUGGAGCAAUGAACAGGAUUCGAAAUGCCAUUCCGUAUGCAACGAAUGAAAGGAAAAGUAAGCUCAUAUUACUCUGGACAAAGUAUUUCAGCGAAAGUGACUGGUUGCCUAACACGAAUGAACUUCAGUGUCCCAUCAAGGAAUGUGUAGUUACUUCUGACCGCUCUUUUCUCAGUCGCAGCUCUGCAGUGAUAUUGCACUGGCGAAACGUGGACCCGAACGAUUUACCAGUGUGCAAAUAUCCGAAUGGAGCGCAGACUGGCAAAUGUCCUUUACUGGUUCUAUUUAAUAAAGAAGCUCCACCCCACACGCCAAGAGAAAGAAUUUUACCACUAAAGGGAAAAAUUCAUUGGACAGCAACCUAUAGAAGAGAUUCGGAUCUGUAUGCUUCUUACGGAACCAUUCUAAAAAAGCAAAAGAAGUAUAAUUUUACAGGAAUGGAACGCAGCCGGAAUCCAGUAUGCUGGUUAGUGAGUAACUGCAAUACACCAAGCCGUAGAGAAGUGUACGUCCAAGAGCUUAAGAAAUAUAUUAAUGUAGCUGUUUAUGGAAAAUGUGGUACUAACAAGUGUCCAAAGACAACAUCAAAAGAGUGUUACAGGUGGUUAUCCAAAAGGUGCAAGUUCUAUCUUUCCUUUGAAAACUCCAUCUGCACGGAUUAUGUCACAGAGAAAUUGUUUUAUGCGCUGAUGAAUGACAUGGUUCCCGUUGUCAGAGGCGGAGCCAAUUACUCCGAAUACUUACCUCCUCAUUCCUUCAUCAAUGCAAAUGAGUUUUCUAGUCCAAAAAGGCUAGCUGAGUGGCUAGCUUAUCUCGACAGAGACGAAGAACAAUACCUUUCAUAUUUCAAAUGGAAGGAGAACUAUGAGGCAAAAGACGCCUCAUACACAUGGCUGUGUGAUUUGUGUGAGAAGUUGCAUGUCAGUUCAACUGAAAGUAUUAAACCGUACAAAAAUUUCAUUUCAUGGUGGUUUGAUAAAUCAAAUUGCGUAUCGUUAUGAUCGCACUUCAUAUUUCUCAACAGACUGACAUUUAUCCAUCAUGCUUAAGGAGAUACAAUAAAUUCUUUAAUUUCGCAGAAAUAAUUUAUGCAUCUGUAGCUUUUAAAGCUAACGAGCUAUUCAAAAUUUAAAACCUUUUCUAAUUCUAUAUUUAUUCACAAUAUGUAGUUUUUUUAACUUGUCGUCUGCUUACUCAGAUCUAUGUUAGACCCAGCUUGGAUGUUGAUCUUUCUCUUCUUGGAUUUAAAUCUCUCGUUUAAUCUUGGCAGAUCUUUAAAUUUUCUUGGAUGUUAAUCUCUCUUUUCUUUUCUGUUUAUAUACAUCAAACUGAAAGCUGUCAUGUGGGGCUGCUACAAAUCCAUUUGGUGUUACUAUUACUGCUUCUGAUAGUAUUGCUGUUAUUACUUUUUUUUCCUCCUUCAGUGUAACUGCCAGUAAAUAGCGAUGCAUUUUUCUUGUCGACGGAUCAGGUUUUCCUUACACUAUAGGAUCCUAUGCAUUUGGUUGUGUGUUCGACAUAAUGAUCAGUUGCAAUAUCAAACUCUUAAAAUAUUUAUAAAUAAUCUGUGAAAGGCUUAGUAAUCAUUAAUGACAUUACGAAUGAUAUCAGUAACAUAAAUUAUUAAUCAAUUGGCUACUUGCAUCGAAGCAGCAAUGAUUUAGCUGUGGGCUUUCAAAGAUACGUGUAGUCAGUCUUUAUUGUUCGACGAUAGAGUUAUUGCCAGGAACAAGUUUGAGAGAGUUGAAUCUAACUGAAAGUUUCGGAGUAUUCUGUGUACUUGUACUGUUUGGUACAUUUUAUAAACUGAAUUAGCCGCGCCCCUUUAAGUUUUCUACUGUGGUUUUGAUAAUUUGAUUUGCUGUAUUUAAAGACGGUAUCAGAAGAGCUGCAGGAUCACUGAUCCAGUGACUUCGCUAAAAUUGCGCGCCUUUAAUAGCAAACGCAUUGCAGAUCGCUGAGAUCUUUUGACUGUGGUCAUGGAAGUUACGACACAAUUAGAGAAGUUAUUACUUCUUCAGCAUCACAGUACGUUCCUUAUUACCUCUUGAUGCCUCAAUUGUUUGACGCGUGCCUUUUAAUUUCAACUUGUGUGGCGAAAGUACACAAAUCGCAGUCCAAUCUGUUGAAACCCCACCAAUCAUUAUGGUUCAUCUGUCUGAUACCAAGUGAUAUGUGUGUUCUAAUAACGAUCAAGGCCUCUGCGUUAGGAAAAAGUUAAAGAACGGUAUUUCGUCGCCAGAAGUGUCCCCGAGCGACUGAAUAAAAAUGGGGUUUUCAAAUACUAUUAGUAGUAUAAUGGGCCCGAAUUUUGAAAACAUACGCCGAAAUUUAGCAGUGAUUAUAUUAAAAGGUGCCCAAUAACUAAACUUUCAAAGGUUGUAAAACUAGGUACCUAAAUAAUUUCUGCGAUAUUAAACGGAGCUCUUGAACGUUUGAUGUACAGUUUCCAAAAUGAAUUGUGAAAUUUUAAGUGCAAGAACACAUUGAGAAAUUAAUAUUUUGAAUACGUUGCUUUUAACUUUACAUUAAAACGAGUGGUUGGCUGCAAGUACAUGGUUCAAUGAAAGAAAUAAAUCAUAUAUACGGCCCACCAGCGACCGAGUGGUGAAGUUGCUGAACGCUGGUAGUUCAUUCUGGGGCUUGAAUCUCUGUGAACUGGCUAUCUGCAUGGACGUUUUUGUGGUUUAACCCAUGUGUAACAUGUAUAUGAGCCAGUUUCUCUUAAAACGUACUUCACGAAAGCUCCCUCCUCUUAGGAAGAUAGCCCUCGCGUGAUUUGCCAUAAUCAAACCAAACCAUGUACAUAAGGCCUUCACACGACGACAUGUUUUUAUUACGUGAUAACUUUGGAUAAAAUAAUACGAAAUAGUCUAAAUGCUUCUAUAAAAAAGUAACUGAGAAAACUUUUUUUUUUUUUUUGUCGGAUUAGCUAAAGAAGAAUAGUUCUGUAGUUGUGCUAACAAAUUAUCAAAAUUAUCUUAAUUUUUUGGACUGUGUGCAAAGUAAGUCAAGGUAAAAUAAUCAAGCUUUCGAAAUACAGAUUUCUAAUAGAUACAUUUUGCAUCAGCAGACAUUCAUUUAAAAUUUAUGGUUUUAAUUAUCAUGUGCAAAAAUGCUAAAAAUUCCAAAUUUUGUGUUUUGAAGGAAAUUUAGUUUUGUGCAAUUCAUUCUUUCUUCAGACGAACAUGAAUUAAUUUAUGUAAUUUUUAACAAUUUUGUUAAGUUUCACAAAUCCUGAAAACUCUGUAGUAGAAUAAGGAAUAAGUUACUAAUUGGAUUUUCCUUCGUAGAGCUUCCGUAUAAAAUUUGUAUAAAAGUGAUGUUCAGAAAUGUAUCUGCGACCAACAGCUUAAGAUUUCUUUAAUUCUACAAUCAUUUCUCCGUGUGUGAAAGUAUAUCAUUACCUGAUAUUCUCGUAUAAUUUGUAAUUUAUUUUAAAAGCAGUCAAAUUCGUGACAUAUAUUUCGUGUAUGUAUACGCAAUGGAAAUAUAUUCAUUUUUUGAAUUAAUUGUUUCACACAGUUGAAUACAAAUUCAUCAAACAUUGCGAAUUUUUCUACCCAUUUAUGUAGAAAAGUAAUAAUUGUUAUUGAAAGAAUUUUCAAAGAACAUACUAAUUCUUAAAUGUUCAAUCUAGUAAUUUGUAAUUUGUAUAUUAUAAAUAUAUUAUGGUGUGUAUUUGAAAAUAGUAAUAUUGCAUAUAAUAAAUGUAUUUUCAUUAGGCUUCUAUGGGCAAUUUUCUAUAUCAAAUCAUGACUGAAAUGGGCAAAGUACUUUGUGUCCUGCUGGAGCAAAGUGGACGUAUAAAGGUCGGAUUAUAUUGCAUAUCAUUUAGACAUAUCAGAGACAGUCAGAAACUGUUGCAAUAGUAGCUAAUGAAAACAGAUUUUAUAACACUUUUAUUUUUUCUCCAUUGGUACUUUCUAGAGGUAUACUCGUCGUACUAGUCAGAAUUAAUUUUGGAUAGUUAUAUAUUUAUCAGUUUUUGCUUAAAAAAAUGUGAAAUUUGUUCAGAUGAAUUAAUAUAUUUAAGCUAUCUGCAUUUUAUUUACUAAUAUUAGAUAUUUUAUCGCUGAUUAAUAAAAUGAUUAGCGAAUGAAAAAUGAGGUACGAAAGCAGUCACAGCUGGUUUAGACUUUCUUUUAAAGAUACCAAUUCGCUUUUACGUUUUAACGAAUUGGAUUUGCUUUAAAUGAAAGUCUUUUACAUUCAUAAAAAUUUACCUACAUGCGCAUACUAUUCCCAGUUUCUUACAUACAUCACAUAUUAUUCUCAGUUUCUUACAUAACCCUCGCACAUACUAUUCCCAGUUUCUUACAGCACAUGCAUACUAUUCCAGUUCUUUACAGCGCAUGCAUACUAUUCCAGUUCUUUACAGCACAUACAUACUAUUCCAGUUCUUUACAUACAGUGCAUACUAUCCCCAGUUACUUAACGUAUAGCACAUACUGAGCGCCGCCUGAGAUAACCACUGAUUUGACUUUGUUGUAAAAAUCUUACAGUGUUAAUAGUCAUCCUGGCAGAAGGGAAUAUUUCUUCCUUGUAAACAUAUAAAAAAAAUUUA